AUGGAGACGGAUCAAAAUACGUCCGCACCAGAAGGCACUAACACCGAAGCAGAUGAAAGUCUCGAAAAUGCAGAAAACGCGAGAAAAGCAAACGAAGCAGCUGCCAAACCACGUGGAAACCUCAAACUCGAACCACUGCCCAAAAAGCUGAUUCCGAUUCAUCAGGCUGAAAAUCAUGAAAAACUGGGAAAAUUGCAGGCAAUCUUCGUGAACGACCCGAAACUGUCCGAUUUCAAGAGCUUGUUUGUCGAGAAAGGGUUCAAGGCAGAAUUUCUCAGCGGAACUCUUCUUAUCAAGGGAGGAAAGUGUUCGAUUCGUCGUGGUGAAAUGGGAUUCUCUAUGGAGGGAGCGCUGGAGAAGGACUAUUACAAACUUCGAAAUCUGUUCUUCAAUCAAUUCGGUGUUCUAUAA